GGCGCUAUUUUCUCACUCCGCAUGCAAACCUUUGGUGUGUGUUUAGUAGGCUACUCGUACGUUGUUCGCCUUCAAAUCUAACUUUAAACCCUUCCCUGAAAUCAGAGCCAGAGUUUUAUAGUCAGUAACGCUGACGCCCGCCCUCAGUUUUUGCCAGACCACCCUGACGUCUCUUCACAAUGAAGGGGAACUGAAGGACUGUGUCAACUUUCAAAGUCGUUCACCUUUCUGUUGUUGCUUCACCAGCCAGUGUUUUUCAUGCGGCCACACUGAGCAUGAAUAUGUUCAAAAGCGAUGAAGGCUCAACAGCACCACCUCCAGUGGGGGUCCCACCUAGACCCAGCAAUGAGGCCCCCUCCAUAGUCAGCAAAGCUCCUUCCUCUGGAUCACUAGAAGAAGGACCAAACUCCACACAGAAACCUUGGAUGCUGAAAGGAGUCUUGCAGAAGGUCAACCCCUUCAGGUUUACCUCCCUGGUGCCAAAGAGCGAUCUUCAAAAUGAUUCUGCAGGUCCACCAGAAACAGGGAAAGAACUUAAAGACACACAGAACUCAGGGAUGAUUGCAGGGAUGAUGCAGAAAGUCAACCCAUUUAAAUCCUCACAGCCAAAGGAUACUGGGCCUCUGCACAGUGACCUCUCCUUCAGCAAUGGAAGCUUAGCAGACAGUAACAACUUGCCAGAGAAGCAGGAAGCAAUGGAAGUUGAGAUGCUAGAGAUGGCUGAAGUACCAGUUCCCAGCAAAGGAACAGUCCUGGACCCUCUAGAUGAUGAGGAAGGCCUUUUAGCGUGGUGGAGAACCGUAGAGGACUGGGAUGAGUGGACUGAGGCAAACCAGAAUGAUGAAGAAGUGGUGGAACAGGUCGCUGAUCGUGUCUUCAUGGCGGCUCGUCUUUUUGUUCACUUUUUCAACCAGCGUGGCGUCUCACUCCAGCAGCGUAUCCUGGAGCUGCUCGAUCUGGCUGAUACAGCUGACAUUUUCCAUAAGAAAACAGUCACAACCAGUGUCGGUGGUGGAGUGGCCAGUGUUGCAGGAUCCAUCACUACGAUCACCGGCCUCAUUCUGGCGCCCUUCACUGCAGGAACGUCGCUCAUCGUUACAGCUGUAGGCAUUGGUAUAGCUACGGCAGGUGGGGUGGCAUCUGCUUCAGCCAACAUCACAGACACAGUCCAUUCAAAAAUGGACCGCAAGAAGGUGGAGAAGAUGAUCCAAGACUACCAGGAGGAGAUGAAGGACAUCAAGGAGUGCCUGGAGUUUUUGCAGGAAGGGAUGGAGACACUUGAGGAAUGGAACUUUGAGAAGUACGCUGAGAGCAUCUCAAAGAAGCACCUCAACCAGAAUGUCAAACAUGUAAUGAAGGAGGGCGGCCGGGCGGGCAAGGCUUUAGUGAUCAACACCGAGAGCCUGAUUAGUACCAUUCAGGUACUCAAUGUUGCAGGUGGUGCUGCCAAAGCCGCCCAGGUAAUGAGUGUUACCACUGGACUUAUGUCAGGUCUCUUCCUGGCUCUUGAUGUCUUUUUCCUGGCGAAGGAUUCCAUGGAACUCAAAAAGGGCGCAAAGACAGAGUUUGCUGCUAAGAUCCGAGAAGUUUGCAAGGACCUGCAGAAUGGGCUGCUGGAACUGAACCGCAUCAAGGAGCAGGUGCAGAAAACCAUGGAUGGUAUAGAGGUGGAGGUAGAGGAGGGGGAGCUGUUGAAGUCUGAUCUGAAGAAACUUGUUGAGCUUAAAAAAUGAAGGAUACUGGGGUUAUGAAACAAAACCAAAGCCUCACUUUCUCAAUCCUAAUCCCAGAAACUAGUUUCAGCAUAAGUGGCAUUGUAGUUUAGAAUCAAUUAAUUAUAACUUUUUCUUUCAAUAUUUCUAUUUUGUAGUCAUAUUAAAUAUUUAUAUUUAGCCAUUUUAAUCUGCUGUCUCAGUUGUGAAAGGCAGUCAUACCCAACAGACCAAUAGGGAGGAAGGAAAGCAUUUUUGCUUACUCAUACAAUAAUAAAGCAUUGGAUUAAGCAUAGAACUCAGGCGUGGAUGAGGCGUGAUCACCUUGUGCUCAGUGUGUGAUGCACUGGUGUGCGCAUGAAGAACAAUAAACAAGAUGACAAGCCCGUCUGUCUGGCUUCACUUGAAUUCCUCUGUGCUCAUCACCAUUUCAGCAUGAAGCAUGCACCAGGUGGGCAAAAAAGGCACCACACACCUGUUGUGGAUUAUUCUGAAUGAGGUGUAACUCAGUGAGAUCACGAUGAAGACAUUACUUUACACAAACCCAACACACUGAACAAAUGAAUUAAGUUGUGCCAACAUUCACAUUUAUUAAAGUCUAUCUUAAAACAAUACUUAAUUACCCACAUGUACAUUGAACCGGUGCUGGAAUGUAACUAAGUACAUCUCAGAGACAAAUAUUGUAGUUUCUAUUCCACUACAUUUGUCUGAUGUGCUUUAAUUACUACUUACUUUUUACAUUACAAUCUUUCAUACCUUUCCUGUCCAGUGAAAACCAUGUAUCUCCAAAUAUGAUGAUUUGGAAUUAGAAAUUGAAUGAAGUGUUGCUUUAAGGGUUGAUCCUACUUCUUAAUCUAAAUAAUUUUUUUUUACUGACUUUAGAUCAGCUGGCAUCAGGGCUGUUUUUCUGAGUUUCUGAAAAAUUGACUUUAGAGAUGAUGUGGUUCUCAAAGGACAGCGAUGCUGCAAACAAAUGAUGACCUUACAGAAUAUGAUGCAUUACUGUAUUGCUGUGUUACAGAGUUAAAACAUCCACAGCAGUAAAAAGCAACAUACACAUGCAUGCACGCAGGAAUAUUAAUCCUGUUGCAUAAUUUUUUAAAUUAUGGAUUAUACUUCACAUCCUCUGCCCGAACUACUGGUCAGACAACAAAGUAUCUUCAGUCAGAGACUCCUUUAGCUUAUCAGUAAUAACGACCGUUACAACAAGUCAUUCCUCUUAACCUCCAUCAUUCUUGUUUGCCACAUACCUCGUGUGUUUUAUGUAAAUUGUUUGUUUUAGUUAUGUAAACUGAUGCUAAGUAUGACACUGUAUUAUUAAUCCGAAAACAUCGUAUUGGUAAAGCACUGACAGGAACUGUCACUAUGAGUACUUUUACUUUUGGUACUUUUAAGUACAUUUUGCUGAUAAUGCUUACAUUCUUUUACUUAAGUAAGGUUUUGAUUGCAGGACUUUUACGUAGUAGUGGAGCAUUUUCUCUGUGUGAUAUUACUAUUUUUACUUACUAAGUAAAAUAUCUGAAUACUUUUUAAACUAUUGUUAAAACUGGAAACAAUACUUCCCCAAACUACUUUUUUCCCCCUAAGACCUGGGACCGGUUUUCCCAGCCUAUACAUUUCAUUUACAUUUAUUCAUUUAAAUGACGCUUUUAUCCAAAGUGACUUACAAUUUCUAUUUAUGUCAGAGGUUGCACACCAGAGCAGCUCGGGGAUAAGUGUCUUGCUCAGGGACACAUUGGUCUCUCACACCAAAGGCAUGUGUCUUAUCCACUGCUCAUCUCCACCGCAACCCGAGUACACUAUAAAAGCUAGUUAACCUGUUACUCAUGGUCAUGCCAUCCAUUUGACGACAGCAGUCUUAAUCUCUUUUGUUCUCUAUACACUACCACAUUACAUCAUCCCUCUUUACACUACUGAUUCCACUGACGCCUAAACAUACCACACCUGAUGUCCACUUAUGUAUUUGAUUAACUUCCUUGUCUUAAAUAAAGUACUUUAGAUUUCACUGUUGAAAUGGUGAUUAUCCCACAUUUGUCAUGGCGCAAGAGUCCUAUGCAUGUCUAAUUUUUGAAUUGAUGGUUAUAAGUUAGUGGCUACUUGCUACAACACAAUUUGACCCUCAGGGAUUAUGGCGAAUCUACUGUGACCUCUAAACCCUCACUCUCCAGAGGGCCAGUGCACUGUGAAAAUACAGCGCCUGUUUCUGUCCUUCCUUUCAUAAUAAACCUUUACUAGCUUCAAUAAAAUCCCUGAAUUUGAUCAUA